AUGGAGCGGCUGAUACUGCUCUGCUUGCUGUCACCAGCAAUUUUUGCCCAGCUGGAUCCUAAUGACGAACCUUUUCUACCGAUACAUCCGGUCUACCCUUACAGUCCCAAAGUAAUCAAACGGGGCACUGAGGGAGAAGCAAAUCCCCAAUUAACGUCGGAGCUGUACGUCGCGCCGAAAGUCGACGCCAAGGACACCUACACCUCCAGCUACAGCAGCAAUUAUCAAAGGGAUUCUUAUCCCGAUUAUAAUCCACAUCUCACAAACAGCACACUCGCGUUUGGCAACCCCUCGUACAACGGCGGCGAGGUGUACGUUUACUCCAACGUACCGUAUCCCGCUUAUAAUUCAUAUCCCGCUCCGUACGCGGCAAAUCCGGUGCCGUCGUAUCCUAACUAUUACUACCAACUGCCUUAUUACUACCCUCAUUACUUCAGUCACGCUCUGUUUCCGCCACCGUUGCCGCCACCGUUGGCGUCAGGCGUCGAUUACCACGAGACGUCGCAAGCUCCCGUCGCGAAGGACGACAAACAGAACGCGGACAAAAAGGGCGAGAGACCGAGGGAGACUGAGGUGAACCAAGAUGCGCCAGCGGCGAGCCAGUUCGUGGACGGUGGCAACUACAUAGCUGGUAAUUCGCGGGACCUCGACGUGCAAUCCAGCACGUACAAAGUGGCCAGCCCGUACAAUCAACUCCCGGGCUGGGACAUAAAAACUGUGCCGAUAUCCUUGCCGAAGACGACGUAUCGAGUCAUCAGCGUGGGCGCGCAGCCGGUUGGUUUGGACUACUCGCUGCCCGCCGUGAAAACUCAGCAGAUUGAGCAGAUGACGAAUCAAGUGCUGGCCGAUAUACGAACGCAGAACGCGCGGCAGCAAGCCGGUCGUUCCUACGAAAGCAGCAGGGACACCCUGAACAGUGCCAAUGACGGGUCGUACGAGAACCAGGCCACCUACAAUCUAAACGCGCCGUCAUAUGUGAGUCUUCCGGUCACGAGAACCAAACCCGUCACCUACGUGAUCAAUUCCGUCGGAAUUACCAAAGUUAAUAAGGAGCAAACGAAGGAUCCGAACUCGUCUCACAGGGCGCCGAGCAAGAACACGAAUGCUUAUACGCCCAAGUUGUCGCAGACUCGGCUGCAAACGUCAAACGUAUCGCCCGAAAGUGGCAGCAAUCAUCAUGCUCGCGUGAGCGACGGUCGACCGGCAGGUCAGACCGACAAGUACGGCAAUUACGGCGCGUCGCAGAGUUACGGCGGCACUCACGGUCAGUCUGGCAGCAAGCAGGAACAGAAUUACGGUACUUAUCAGAGACAGCCGGUCUCUUAUCAGAGUGAGGGUUUUACCGUCGCGCCACAGAUACCUCGAUCGUUCACGUAUCAGUACUCUGCUUACCAAUCGGAUCAAGUGCAGCAGCUGCAGCAAGAUGAAGUCAAUAUAAAUCACGGCAACUUUGGUAUUAAACAAUACAAAAGAUAAAACGUAGCAAGCUCUGAUAGAACUGAACUUUGGUGCUGUUAUAUGCAAGAUGUAUUGUUGUUAUUUUUUUUUAUUGUUGAAUUGACGCGGCUUCUUUCAGUCCUAGUGACUUAAGUAUCUGUAUAGAACACCUCAAAUAUUAAGCACUGUUAUAUUUAUUGAUAUACCGAUUGUUUACGAAAGAGUUAAGUUAUAAAUUCAUUCAAUUUUUAUACUAAAUGUUUCAAUGAUAAUUAUUUUAUUCCAUUUACAUAAAUUCCAAAAGUUUACAAAUAAAAGGUAUGUAAUUUUUACAAGAUAC